GUCCGCAUCACUCAACGGGUCACGACUGCCAGACACCAUGCAGCGCUUCCAGACUGCUCUCCGCAACAAGAACGUGUGGCAACGUGCGGCCGUCUUUGACGUGCACCACGCCAGCGCUGCGGCCCGUCGUGAGGCUUCGAUGGCCAUGUCGGCCCGUAGCUUCAGCUCGCUGCCCGACCACGAGGUUGUAGGUCUGCCAGCGCUGUCCCCUACUAUGGAGGUGGGUACGAUUGCCAAGUGGAACAAGCAGGAAGGCGACCAGAUCUCGGCCGGCGACGUUGUUUGCGAGGUGGAGACGGACAAGGCCGUCGUCGACUACGAGGCCACUGAUGACUCGUACUUGGCCAAGAUCCUGGUGCAGGCCGGCUCGGGAGAAAUUGCCGUGGGCCAGCCGAUCUUCGUCACUGUAAUGGAGAAGAAGGAUAUGGCCGCCUUCAAGGACUUUUCGGCCGACGCCGCUCCUGCUGUGGAGGCCGCUCCGGUCACGCCCGCCGUUGAGGCCGCCCCGGCUGCUGCUCCGGCCACGCCGGCCCCGGCCGCUGCUACUCCUGCUUCUACUCCCGCUUCGGGCCGCGUAUUUGCCAGCCCUCUGGCCAAGAAGGUGGCUCGUGAGUCUGGCGCCGUGCUGUCUGUGAUCAACGGUUCGGGCCCCAACGGCCGUAUCGUCAAGGCCGACGUGGACGCUGCUCUGGCUGCUGGAACCGCCGCUCCGGCCCAGACUGCGGACGCUGCGGCCCCCUGCUGCGGCUGCUACUGCGGCACCGACCGCCACGGCCAACUACACGGACUACCCGAUCAGCCCGGAGGCCCAGGCCGUCGCCCAGCAGUUCACGCAACAGAAGCUGGACGUGCCGCACUACCACUUGUCGACCAACCUGACGAUCGACAAGCUUCUGGACGCGCGUGCACGUCUGAACGCCGGCCGUGGCGAGGAGGAGCAGCUGUCUGUGAACGACUUCAUCGUACGCGCCGCUUCGCUCGCUAUGCGCAAGGUGCCGGACGCCAACUCGAGCUGGAAGGGCUCGUUCAUCCGUCAAUUCAAGGACGUGAACGUGAACCUGAUGGUGUCCACGUCUGCCGGUGGCGUUGUGGCCCCCGUGUUGAACCAGCAAGGAGACGCAGGCUGCUGUGGCCAAGGCCAACGACGUCGCUGGCAGGUAUCGUGCGUCCGGACCAGGCCUGUCUUCUGGGUCUGGGCACGAUCGAGAAGAAGGUGGUGCCGAACGAUGACCCCAACGCUGAGCAGAUUUAUAAGUACGCGCAGGUGAUGACCGCCACGCUUGCUUGCGACCACCGCGUCAUUGACGGCGCUGUCGGCGCGCAGUGGCUAGCUACCUUUAAGGAGCUGGUGGAGGACCCGCUCAAGAUGAUCCUCAACAACCAUGGCCCCGGCAUCCCACUUUUGGGACGAAUGAGAGCGCAAGUACGCACCCGUCGGCUAUGGCACCAGAAGGUGACGGGGGACCUCGCCGGACUGCUGGACUUCCUCAACAUUCCUCGCGCUGUGUUUGUGGGUCAUGACUGGGGUGGUGCAUUGAUCUGGUGCAUGUGUUUGUUCCAUCCGGAGCGCGUUAUCGCUGCAUGUGGUAUCUGCACGCCGUACUUCCCGCAAGGCGAUGCCUGCGUGGAGUACGACAAGCUCAUCCCCGCGAUCCCUCAGUUCUUGUACAUGAAGCUCCUCGGAGACUCGAAAAGAGCGGCUAAGCUGCUCGAUAAGGACCCGCGUCGCAUUUUCACGGCCAUGUAUCAAAACGUCAAUGACUCCACCGACUCCGUGCACACGCAGCGCUCCGAGUUGCUGUCGGACGCUGAGUUGGACUACUACGUAGCCGAGUACUCGCGUUCGGGAUUCUUCGGAUCAUGCAGCUACUACUCGCAGCGCAAGUGCGACUUUGAGGAUGAGAAGGACUUGCCUCGUGUGAUCAAACAUGAAGCGCUCUACGUUGGCGCUGUGGACGACCCAAUUCUCAAACCUGAGCUGGCUGCAGGCAUGCCUCGCGUGAUGCCUAAUCUCAAGCAGGAACUGGUACACGGCGGUGGCCACUGGCUGCUAUGGGAGAAGAAGGACGAGGUGAUUGAUAUCCUCCAGCGCUGGCUGAAGAACCUGGAUUUAUCUAAAACUGCGGCAGGUCUAUAA